AUGUCACGAGAAGCAGACUCAAAGCUGUACUUUAUUCCGGAGGUACCAUCUCCGUCUCCGUCCGCGACAACGAUAGAUUCUUCACCUCAGACGUCCAACAUCGAUGAUGAAGAAUUCGGUAGACGACCGAGCGACUUUGAGCUCAAUGAGCUCUUUCACGAUGAUGAACCCCUUCUGUCUGAACACAAUGAACAUGUACGAGAGAAGGAAUCGGCACAGCCUGUCUUCACUAACAAAGCUAUCCUCUCUGGCAACUCCCUCAAACAUGCACAACUCUCUUUCGCAGCGUUUCACUUCACCAUCACCGGCCUCGUGCUGUUCAUCCUCUCCCGCCCUAGAUUUGCUUUCUUCACACCUAAAUCCGUCGCCGUUCGACAGAUGAUACCGCUUUCCACCGUCAUGGCCCUGAACGUCAUCUUCCCGAACCUCUCGCUAGCAUACUCGUCUGUCCCAUUCUACCAGAUCUCUCGUAUUCUGAUCACACCUUGUGUCGCUGCUAUGAACUUUGUGCUGUAUAGAGCUACUCUUCCUUUUUAUGCUUGUAUGGCACUGGUUCCGGCCUGUGUCGGUGUCGGAAUGGUGUCGUACUUUGACACCAAAGCCACGACUGCGAGUGCUGCGACCACUGGGCUGCUGGGUGUUGUCUUUGCAUUUUUAGGCAUCUUCUUUUCGUCACUUUAUACAGUAUGGCUUGAGAGUUAUAGACGGCAGCUGAGUAUGACAAGCAUGCAGCUGUUACUCAACCAAGCUCCCCUCUCUGCGUUCCUGCUGCUUUACUUUAUACCCUUUGUUGAUAAGGCUCCUGCUCAGGAAGAUUUGUCUCUGGAUCUUUGGGUCUUGAUUUUGAUGUCUGGCAUCUUCGCAGCAUUGGUCAACAUUUCCCAAUUCUUCAUCAUUGCGGAAAUGGGUCCGGUGACUAGUACCGUUGUGGCUCACGGCAAGACUUGCAUCAUUGUUGCUAUCGGCUGGUACAUUUCCGGCAGAGACGUUGCUGAUAAGUCUAUCAUCGGCCUCAUGAUGGCUUUGCUUGGAAUAAUCCUGUACUCGGCUGCUAUUUUGAGACAGGGCCAUAGGGCAUAA